AACCCCAAAUCCACAAUCUCAGAAAAUUAGAAUAUGAUACUCUGAAAAGUAUACAGAAUAUGAUACUCUGAAAAGUAUACAGUGUACUGUGCUUGAUUGGCCAGCAAACUCGCCUGACCUGACCCCAUGGAGAAUCUAUGGGGCAUUGCCGAGAGAAGGAUGAGAGACAUGAGACCAAACAAUGCAGAAUUGCUGAAGGCCGCUAAUGAAGCAUCCUGGUCUUCCAUAAUACCUCAUCAGUGCCACAGGCUGAUAGCAUCCAUGCCACGCCGCAUUGAGGCAGUAAUUGCUGCAAAAGGGGCCCAAACCAAGUACUGAAUACAUAUGCAUGCUUAUACUUUUCAGAGGUGAGAAUAAUUUCCCAUUUUGCUAUUCCACCACGUCCGUGGAGAGUGGUGAUGGCUGAAUAUGUCAGUCCUGUCUUCAGCUUCCAAAAUAGAUAUUUCAGAAUAAAGGCCUUUCGGACAGAGCACAAAAGCAAGAUGAUGUGUAAACUACAGGAUGCCCAACAGCGUCGGAAAGAGAUUUAAACCGACGAAAUACAUCCCUGUCUCCACAGCCGCUGCCUUAUUAGUGGGAUCUACUACUUUGUUCUUCGUUUUCACGUGCCCCUGGUUAACAAGAGCCGUCUCCCCAGCCAUCCCUCUGUACAAUGGGCUCGUGUUCCUGUUUGUACUUGCAAACUUCAGCAUGGCGACAUUCAUGGACCCUGGGGUUUUCCCACGAGCAGAUGAAGAUGAGGAUAAAGAUGACGAUUUCCGAGCUCCGCUCUACAAGAACGUGGAGAUUAAAGGCAUCCAAGUACGGAUGAAAUGGUGCGCCACCUGCCACUUCUACCGCCCUCCACGCUGUUCCCACUGUAGUGUCUGCGACAACUGUGUUGAGGACUUUGACCAUCACUGCCCUUGGGUCAAUAACUGCAUAGGACGGAGGAACUACCGGUAUUUUUUCCUUUUCUUGCUGUCUUUAAGUGCCCACAUGGUUGGAGUGUUUACUUUUGGGCUCAUCUAUGUUUUGAACCAUGCGGAGAAGCUUGGGGCGGCACACACUACGAUCACCAUAGCUGUAAUGUGUGUGGCUGGACUGUUUUUCAUCCCCGUCAUUGGCCUCACAGGUUUCCAUAUUGUUUUAGUGGCCCGAGGACGCACAACCAAUGAACAGGUGACGGGUAAGUUCCGCGGAGGAGUGAAUCCUUUCACUCGAGGAUGCUGUGGUAAUGUGGAACAUGUUCUCUGCAGCCCUCUGGCACCCAGGUACAUUGUUGAGCCAAAGAAGAAACAACCAGUAAGCAUGAAACCACCUUUCCUGAGACCAGACUUAACUGAACGACAGAUCACAGUGAAGAUAAGUGACAAUGGCAUCCAAGCUAAUCUUAACCGGAGCAAGUCUAAAGUUAGCCUGGAAGGGCUGGAAGAUAAAUCCAUGGAUAUACAACCGCCUCUACCCCCAAAAGGAGAUUCCAGCAAAUACAGUGAGCUGGGAAGCAGCGAAGAGAGCAGCCUUUCACCCAAGCUGAUCAGUCCUCCCACCCCUGCGAUGUACAAGUAUCGGCCAGCUUUCAGCAACAACCCUAAAGUACACUACCAUGGAGCAUCUGAGCAGAUCUCCAUACAGGAAGGACACAAGCAGGCGUCUGUGAUGGAGGAGAACGACAGUAGCCUUGAUUACCAGUCAGAACCCAGCCUUGGUAUCCCCAACUACCGGAAGAGUUCCCUUCACAAGACUUACCAAUCUUCCCCUCUCCAGAUAGACUCAUUUGCUAUCAAUUCGAGGUCUCUGAGCCUGAAAUCAGCCAGCCGGAGGGGAACAGACAAAAUGGCCCUCCAUCCCAUCAGGUCGGAAGGGGCCGCCUCCACACCUUAUAAAAGCGUCUUUUCUCCCAACUCCCUGUCAAACAGGAAUGGAAGUUUGUCCUACGACAGCUUGCUCAAUCCCAUGUCCCCCUCAGGGAGGAGGUGCAUAGCUCAUUCUGCUGUGGGAUCCAUAGGGUACCACUCGCCAUAUUUGUCUGCCAAAAUGUGCCACCUUCGGGGCAGAGAGCUGCAGCGCCUGCCCCCGCAGAGCUUCAGCCCCGUGCUGGGGAGCCCGGCCCCACACCCACGCGACCCCUCACCAGUUCGCUAUGACAACCUGUCAAAAACGAUCAUGGCCUCCAUUCAGGAGAGGAAAGAAAUGGAGGAGAGGGAGAAACUCCUCCUCUCUCACCCAGACUCUGUGUAUGCAGACUCAGGGGUGUACGACACCCCUAGCUCUUACAGCCUUCAGCAAGUCAACAUGCUCUCGGAAGACCCUCGUGGCAUAGCCCUGAGAUAUGGCUCUAGAGACAAUCUGAUGAGCGCGACCAGCUUUAGCACGAGGAACCCUGUCCUGCAGGCCUCUGUUUCUUCGCUCUCAAGUGCAAUGACCAGAGCAUCAAGGACUUCCACUCCUUCCCUUCAAGCUGACUUAGCCAAUAACAAUGUCCAGGCCCAUCAGUCGCUGCAGGGCAGGAUGAGCAAUGGCUCCUAUAAGUCACCUGGCCACCAAGUUCCGUCAUCCCCCAGUGGAAUGCCCAGGUCGCCCUCGUAUGGAGGCCCCAAAGCUGUCUCGUUCGUUAACACAAUGGAAAUAACGGAAGCACAAGCUCUGGGCACUCCAAGGGAGGACAUCCAACUGAAGACACCUCACAGUAAAAUUAAUGGACAGCCCAAAGGAAUUUCCAGAGUGGAGUGUCGACUAGGUUCAACGUCUAGUUCCCAAGGCACCCCCGUCAGCCCCGCUAGACACUCAAAUGUUAAGAAGGUUUCCGGAGUGGGUGGAACAACCUAUGAAAUUUCAGUAUAAAUAGAAGUUCGUAAGAUAGAGCCAUCCUCAAACCCAGCCGUGAAACUAGGUGCACUGUGAAGACUCAGACAAUAAUACCAACAAGAAGAAAAAUAGGAGCAGCAGCUGAUGGAGUCAUUUCUCUUUUAUUUCACGGGGUUGUUUUUAAAAAACAAAAAUGAACUAUUCUCUCUCUUUUCUUUUGGCCAAAAACCAGCUGCAGCCUUAUUCUUGAAGGAAUAAACUUUGUACAGUUCAUUGGAACCUCUCUGGAACAGACAGUUGGGAACAGACCUAACCAUCUACCGAUGUAUGGCGCCACAAUUUCUAAGUUACUCUUGCUUUUGCAGAAGAGAAUGGAAAAGCCAUUGUGCGUUUGUCUGUCCAGCAAAUCCUGUCAUGUAGAUGUUGUGCUGUGGUCUAAAAGCAGUUCAUUUGGGUUCAGUGUUUCCCCCUGUCCCUUCAGGUUUGAUGGCAAGUAAUAUGAAGGAGCAACAGGGCUCAACAGCUAUCCAUGAUAAAUACUGGAUUCCUUGGAAGAGUAGGGUAUGUAGCAGUCUAUUACUCCCUUUCAGCAGUUUUCUGUGGGUGCAGAUGUUCCUUCAUCCGCAGUGGCUUAUUAUUCGUUUUGAGGGAGGAAGCAGAACCAUCAUUUCAUGCAUCUGUAUCUGCUUCCUCCACUGGAAUGAAUGGGAAAGCCCACACGCACAAGAAAUUCACUUCCAUACAUGAGCACGCAUAGGUCUCUGCAUUGGUGCAUGUGUGAGAGAAUGCCAACAAUUGCAUUCCUCUUCAGUUGAAGAGGGCCAGGAACCCAAGUGCCCUUCCGCCAUCUUGCAACCUUUUAGAGACUGCUCUAGGCACAAAGGAGGGAAAGGCGCAGUUCUUGGUUGUCCCAUUACCACUCUUGACCAUGUAUGAAAUUCUGGGCACACGAUGAAUUUUUUUAUUCAUGUACUAGGACAUUUACAUGAGUAUGGAACUUCCACUGGAUUCAUUGGGUGGGUUUUUCCUUAGCCGGACUUACUCAAAAGAAGAAGAAGAAAAUUAAAUAUUCCGAUGGUUAACCUAUUAUUAUAUACAGCUGUCCUCCCUCCUCCUCUUUUGUGCUCUGGGAGAUAGGCUGUAAUACAGUGUUUUGUCUUGCACUGAUUCAGUGUGUAUAAUCUCAGCGCAAGGUUGUUAUGAUCUGGUUAAAUUUGCUGUGUGUGUGUAUGUGUGUGUUGAUUGAUUGAUUGAUUGAUUGUGUGUGUUUGUCAGCCAAGCACAUGUCUGUAGAUGAUAAAUUUGCUGCCUGCUUGAUGACCAGUGAGUUUUCUACGAGCCCUAAAUAUUUUGAGACAGUUAGGUGUGUUCCGAUGCUUGCUUUCACUUUAACGGAAAUUCAUGCGGACUAGAACCGAAAUGAAUUUGGAGACAAAAAUCCUCAAGCAAGUUGUUUGCAAAAAUGCACCGUGGUUCUUUUCAGCAACAUCCAUCUCAGACACCGUUGGAUUUGGGGAUUUAUUUAUUUAUUUUAUUUUUUUAUUUUUUUAAGAGAAAUGAUGUGGGAAAGUGUUGCAUUUAGGAACUAGAUACUUUCCAUUAUUGCCUUAAAAUUCAUCAGCAAAGGUUAUGAGUUUAAAAAUUCAGAAGUAUUGCACCAAGUUGAAUUUUUUCAAAAGAGAAGUUUUAAAAGGAUCAGGAGGCUAAAAGCUGUAUUUCUACAAAAUGUUGUUUUCGCUCUCCUUGAAGGCCAAUCUAGAUGUGAAGUGGGGGCAGAGCUACACUUGCAAGCUGGGCAGUUGUCCAGGGCACCUACCUCAAGGGGACACUGCGCUGAGCUUGCGCAAGCUACACAACAUGUGAGGAUGGGGCUGUAGCUAGAGUUGCCAUGCCCCCCAAAAUUCCGGGUUCUGCCCAGAUUUUAAGCAUCUCACCCAGAUUGUUUAACCCACCCAGAUUCGCCUGGAUUUUAGCUUUCAUUUUUUUUAAAAAAAUGCUAAGCUCUCGCCCUUGUAGAAUGUGGAGCUAUGGAGCAAAACAUGCCGUCACUAUUUGACUCAGAAAUGAUUUUCAAGCUAAUGUACAUAAUAUGCAAAUUAGGCACCCAGAUUCGGAAAGCCGGAAUAUGGCAGCCCUCGCUGUAGCUCAGUGGUAGAGCAUCCACUCUGCACGCAGAAGGACCCAGGUUCACUCCCUGGCAGGAUCUCCAGGUUGGAGGGGGAAAGACCUCUGACUAGCAGCAGUGCUCUGGGGUUUCGGGCCGUGUAGACAGUACUGAGCUGGAUGGACCCAAUGAUCUGACUCAGUGAGGAGAUUCUCAUGAUCAGGCAAAAGCGGGCUAAGGGAGCCAAGCCCGCUUUUGCCUGAUCGUCUGCUCCCGCGGGAGCUGUGCGGCUCCCGGCAGCAAACCCUCCUAAUUCCCCUUCCCCUUAGACGAGGUUAGCGGAGUGAGCACUCCGCUAACCCCGUCUUUUUUAUCGUGUAUUGCUGCGGCGUGGCUCCAUGCCAUGGCAAUACAAAAGGAGGCCCCCGCCGCCGGGAGGCUGAAACAAGCCUCCUAGCCCUGGGGGUCUCUCCAGGAUGCCCCGCACACUCGCGCAGGGUAUCCUGGAACUUCCGGGGGACAUCCUGGAUAUCUGAUCCUGAACUUCCUGGAUAUCUGAUCCAGCUGCCCAGGGCUGUCUUGAGGAUCACCUGUGGGAGAGCAGCCCGCAAACCCUUUGAAGGCAGCUUCCUAUGCUCCUAACAGCGAUAAACCAACCCUGGGGAGCAGGCAUUGAAGUCACUCCUCACCCAGGGUGCUCUUUAUCCUCGGGCCAGCCCUGCAAGUGUGUGAGGUGUGUGUAGCAUAUUCUAUGGUUUAGAAUGAAUAAAUAAAUAAAUAACUUGGUGAGGGGAGGAUUGGAAGGAUCAGAGCACUGGGAAAGGAGAGCUAACCCUCCCCCCACCCCGUGCCUUUUGACACAUGACUGUUGCCCUCUGAACCUGCCCUGUGUGGGUGAAAAGUGGCUGGCUGACAUACUUUCUCCCCACCGGGCAAAUAGCCAGCUUGGGGAAGAGGACAUUUUAAUAUCAUGGAAGAAAAAUCAGUUUCCUUUCAAUGACAAUCCCAAGCAGAGCUGUUUUGUAUAUUGGUGUGUGUGUAUUUCAAAGGAGAUGUGAUGUGACAUGGGAAACUUAUGAUUAGGAUCCCCCACAUUUUGUCACAGGAGGCCGGUUGGAGCUCCUGAUUUUAAACAGCUCUAAUUUCAGGGACUGAAGGUUUUAUUCCAGCACUCCCAAUCCCUCUGGGUCCAGAUGUAAUGAGCAUUUCAGCAGACACUGGUUCCCUGCCGAUCCACAUAGAUGACAGCAGCCUGUCUGGUUUUUGCUGUCAGCAUGGCUGGUGUCCUUUACACAUUGUACGAGUGUCCUGGUAAGAAAAGAUAUUGGUGCUUCUCCCAGACACUGUCUGUUCUUCUGACUGACCACAGUAGCGCUGAUUCCAGAGUGCGGGAAAUUUCUGUGUGGACAAGGUCUUGAAUCCUUAUCUUGUCCCUCUUCAAUUUUAUUUAAAAGUCCUAUUUUGCUUGGGCUCCCAGUCUUCCCAAAUGAAAAGAUCUACUAGAGAAAAGAUAUCACAGUAGUGGAGCUUCCAUUGGGCAUGCAAAAGACCCAAGGUUCAAACCCUGGCAUCUCCAGGUAGGGCUGGGAGAGACUCCUGCCUGAAACCUAGGAGAAGCUGCUGCCAGUCAGUGUAGAAAAUACUGAGCUAAAUGAGCCAAAGGCCUGACUCGGUAUAAGGCAGCUUCUUGUGUUCCCAAGCUCCAGACAACCCCACAAACGCUUUCAUGGGAAUAGUGUGAGACUUCUUAUAGUUUGAUGGCACACAGCUCUCAAAACACAUUGUGACUUGAUUUCUCCCCCACCCUGCCCCCAGUAAUCUGUGUGUCCUUCAGCAACUGGCCCUGUUGUUUUUCCUGGGCUGAGGAGUCUAAUGGUGUGGUCGUUCUUCACAUUACAGUGUCAAGACCCAGAAGCACUCGUGUGCAUUGCUCCUGUGUUCUCAGAUAAGUGCCAAUGUAUUGUCUGAAUGAUUAACUCUAGGCCAAGAUUUCAGGAGCAUGUACAGACAAUUCACACUAUGUCCAGUCCCAAAACACUGUCUGAGGGGCAGGAGAGCUUUCCCCUUCUUCUCAGAGCCCAUUAGCAUAUAACACCCAUAAUCCUCCCAUUGGAAAAAAGGGUGGAAGGGUCACAGAAAUCCGGGAGAGCAUGGGUGCAGAUAUAUAUGCCUGCAUCACAUGUUUAUUAUUUAUGUAUUUAUAUGGUCCUGCUUGUUAUGCAGUAUGUCCACCUGCAAGAAUAUUAAAAACACAGAAUUGAAAAUGCAGAAAAAAGCAGCUGCAUGGCCAUUGCCGCUGAGGAUGGUGGGAAGUAUAGUCCUACAGCAGCUGGAGAACCUCAAGUUGGCCAUUCCUGCUAUAUAUCAAGGGCUGCAGAAAUCUACUAGUCUACUAGUCUGUGAUGAGUGAAAAAUGAUACCUGACAAGUAGAAAAAGUCCUGAUGAGCAAUGUACCAACAUAGCUUGAUGAGUAAAAUAUUUUGUCUGGCUGAUAAACUGAGCCAACAUUUCUUCACCCCUGAUGAUAUUGAUAAUAUAUGUGCAAUUCCUUAAGAAACAAGGGGCUUUGCAUACCUCAAAUUAACAAUCACAAAUCCCUGUCCCAGUAACACAGUCUAAAUUAUAUCGUGUUCAUAGCAUAGAGGUACCCUUUAAUGAGGCGGGGAAGAAAGAUGAGAGGAGCUUUCUAAAUCCCUGCUCAAACCCAUUAACAUACAGACACCAUAUGUAUUGAUUUGUAUAUUUAAAAAAUAAUGAUCCAAAGCAUCUAAUUGCCCAGUUGAGUUAGCCAUAGUGCAAGGGAUAAGGAGGACAUGUGCUGAAUGCAUCUGGGAGGCAUAUUAUUAGGUAUAGAUGUAAGACGGAUACAUGCACACACAAAUUGCAGACGGCAGCUUGUUACAUCUAGAGGCAAGACUCCUCUGGGAUAUGGAGAUACAUUUCAUAUUAAUAGGCUUAUGAUAGUCCUGAUCUUUCUUCUUUGAGGUUUGCAUUUAAAAUAGCCUGAAUGGCCUGAAGAUGGCAGUAAAUUAUUCAAAUCUUCCGGGAAGUCGGCGUCGACAGAUUACCAUAACCCGAACAUGGCGGAGGCACCCAGUUGAGUCCUAUUUCUGUCUGAAGUCCUGAUUUGAAAUAUAUUUACUUGUGAGUAAGACCCACAGAUAUCAGCAGGAUUUGUAUCUUUGUAUGGUGUGGAUUGGGUUGCCAGGUUGACUGUAAAGUUGUGCCAUUGAGUCGAUUUCGACUCCUGGCCCUCACAGAGCCCUGUGGUUUUUUCCUUUGAUAGAAUACAGGAGGGGUUUCCCAUUGCCUCCUCCCACGCAGUACCAGAUGAUGCCUUCCAGCAUCUUCCUAUAUCGCUGCUGCCCGAUACAGUACCAGCGGGGAUUCGAACCAGCAACCUUUCUGCUUGUUAGUCAAGCAUUUCCCCACCGCACCACUUAAGGUUGAAUGCAGGAAAAUGAAUAUAGGAAGCUGCCUUAUACUGAGUCAGGCCAUUGGUCUAUCUAGCUCAGGAUUGUCUGCCCUGACUGGCAGCGGCUUCUGUGCAGGCAAGAAGGGUGGGCCAGACAGGAGAAGCCACUGCCGUCUCAUCUUCUGAUCAGCAGUGGAUUUAAAGGGGGGGGGAGUCUCCAGGUUGCAAAGUCGGUAACUUUAUUUUUUGAAUCAGAGUCAUUGCAUUCAGUCCCAUGUGGGUGCCAGGGUAAGGGUCAGUGAUCCCUCUAAUAUAUUUUUUUCAUCUCUGUGCGGAAUGAGUUUUGUUCUGGGUGGCAGUAUCAUGGCAAUGUGUGCACAUGUGCAUUCAGAAUGGGGCCUUCCUAAUUAAACCUGAGCGGGAUCUAAAAUGAACUGAGCAGACAUCAGAAAACUUGUGAGCGUGUGCAUGUGCGUAUGCCUUAGCGGGCGGGAAAAGUGGUUAGGGUGUGUAACAGUGCUGUCACAUCUGUGGAGCAAGAGCUGGCUUAUUGCACCCUAAUAAAACAGGGUGGUUAUAUCCCAUAAUAGUUUACAAUUCAUCUGUGCCAGUUUGACUCCCUCAGAAUUAGAUCCCAUAGGGUUUGUCUUCACCAAGGUGAUUGGAAAACCUAGGAAGGACUGCAUCUCUCAAUAUCAAUUAGCUCCCUUGAGCGCUGACAAUAAAACCAGUUGAAUUUAGGUGGAGACAAAACUGAGUGGAGGGGGUCGGUCACCUCUCUUUCCUUAUUCUCCUCUUCCUGAUAUUGCCCCGCUGAACACGUAGAUGCUGGAGUACAAGGCACCCAAUGAUGCAAAGCUCAGUUCAAAACACUCUGUUCACACAUCUUCACGCCACCCUAAAUAACUCGUACCAACUGGGAAAACAGACGUCUAGUCCAACUCAAGGAAAUCAUGGCUCUCACCCAGGUUCUCUCUCUAGCUUCUGACUGGAUAAAAUAAAGAACAAACUUAGUCUGCUUCCUGGAUCCUGAUGAGUAAAUUAGGAGUAGGUGCUUAUGGGAUCACAUCACAGCAGAAUCAUGCUGAGGGUGUCUCUGUAUCACCUCUUUCUUCCCACAUCCGCCAUGAAUUCUAUUUUAUGAUCAGGAUAGACACAACUGCAUUAAAGAAUCCGCAACAGGCAAAUAUGUUUAGUCAUCCUCUAUUUUGUUUCCUCUGUGCUUCAAACAACCUCCAACGUCUCCACCUUGCUUAAGAAACAGCUAUCAUUUUUUUAUUGUGCCCCCAGGUUCCCCUCUGUCUCUCAAAGAACUCUGUCAUUUCACUAACAAGAUCACUGAUUUCUUGUUGGAUGAGCUGCAGUUUUAUACCUUGAAUUUGCUGUAUGGGAAGAAAAGCUGAGAUUUCUGUCAUGACAUGUGUUUUAUAUUUGCAACAAAAUGAAAAGAGGGUUGUUUUGUUCCGUUUUGAACUUGAAGCCUUAACAUUUUACGUCUUUGUCUGGAUCACAGUGGCACGAGGACAUGAUUAAGAGUCACUCCAUGUGCUAAAUUCCGGCUUGAGUUUAAUACCAGAAUUUGCCCUGAUAUGCUAAAAAUUUGGUGAGGAAGACAAAAAGAGGGGCUUUUGCAGUGUUAAGGGAGGGAGAAUAGAGCAUUCCUUAGGGAUGUAUAUUUUCAUGGGAAUGGCUGAUAAGGUUUCAGAGAUGUCUUCAGAGGUAUCAAAGAGAUUUCCAAAGCCUUUAUUGCUUUGUAUAUACAAAUGGAAAUCAACUACUCUUUCUUUUGUUAGAUAACCUCAACUGUAAAAACUAUGCAGAUGUAUGCUUUAAUGUCGAAAAUCUGAUAUGCAGCAAAGUUGGCUUUCUUGGAAAAGCGAAACCAGGGUCAUGUAAAUAUUUGCCCAGGAUUAUUGUAUGGUUGGGAGCCUCUCUAGGUGAGGACCACAGAAGGACGAAUUUCAUGGUGGCCAUUGCACUGCUUGGUUGGUCUACUUUGGAGCCGAAAGACAGACAGACAAAACUGACUGAAAGAUCAGAGGUAAAUGUUGCUCUCAAGUGCACUGUUCGAGAACCUUGUGUUGAGAUAUCUUUAACAGUCUCUAUUUCACCUGUUCUACUACCUUGACUUUUUGGAAUGUAUCUGUGCAGGCUUUGUGGAGCUCCUGUAAUUAUCUGUCUGUAAUUCUCAUUUCUGUGGCUCUCAAUACAUAUGUAUAUAUUUUUCAGA